AUGCAUUUGAUGGGCACCAGGGCAGCGAACUUGGCGGUGAAAAUGGCGGCAGGCUUGUCAACAGGCAACACAGGCAGACAAGUGGAUGGGGAGGCGAGUGGCCAGUCGCAAGGGGUCACGGGGACGCAAGACCAAUCGGAGGCGCCAGCACCACCAGAGGAAGAACGAGCCGGCGGAGGCGCAGCCGACGAACCAGCACCGGCCCCUCCAAAGAAACUGAAAAAGGGCACCGUGAAUGCACCAGUGAGAAGGUCAACCCGGGCGGCUUUGAAGAGGCCAGGAGAGCAGGAGAGGGACGACGACCAAAGGGGCGGGGAGGAUCACAAGGAGGAAAGGGGGACAGGGCUGGAGUAA